GCGGUCGCGUGGUAUCGUACGUGUAGUAGGAACAGUGUUGUUUUGUUUAGGUUAUGUGUGGAGUUAUUUUUAUUGUUUUAAUGUUGGUCCCAUCCGGUCAAGUAAUAUUAGAAACAAUGGAAAGAUGCACAGUAUUAUAAGAAUGAUAACUUCGGUAGAGGACUGUGAGUUACACGAAAACAAUGACCAAAAUUUAAGCAUAUACGAAUUGCUGAGAAAUGAUAUUGAAGAUCUUGGUGAAUCCAGCUCAGACUGGUGGCAUGAAGAACUUGAAACAAAAGAGGCAGGCUCUCCUUCAGACAAAGCGGAUUCAAAAAUAUGUGACCGCAGGAGUCCUGUAUUUAAAACACCUCAACUUGGAUUGCAGAAUAAACAGAAAAGAAAAUCACAUGGGAGAGUAUUAUCAGCCUCUCCAGGACAGAAAAGAAGCAGAGUUACCAGCCCAGGCAGUGAUGGAUCAUUGGAAAUGGAUUGGAAUUCACAAUUUAAAUCAUCAAACCCUCAACAAUCCAAUGAUCAGGUUCGAGUCAUCAGACACAUCUGCAGAGAAUAAGAAAUUGUUCACAUGA